AUGGUCUUGUUAUUGGAGAAAUUAACCACAGAAGUUUUUCAGCUGGUGCACGAGUGCAACGUGCAACUGGCAUUGUUUCGAAACGCGACGCAGGGUAUAGGAACUAGUCACGAUGGCGCGUCUCUGAGAAGAGAGGUCGAAACUGCUGGCCGGGCGUGCCUAAAAGCUUGCGAAGCGGCGAAAAACUGUGUUUUACCGCAACUACGACAUGAAGGUGUCGAAUUCACUCGACAUGCUUCUCAGUUCAUUGGUUGCGUGGCCGCUUACGUGGUGGAGAUGAAGCGAUGUGUAGCUUUGGAAAAGACGUUUCCAGCUCCCACAGAACCAUCAAUUACCCCUCAACAGAUUGCUAAUAUGGAGUCCAUGUUGGUAACGUUGGAAAACUUGAUUACGGUACAUUUCUCAACUAGUGAAUCAUCCCCUACUGAUAAGGUGACCCCGCGGCGGCGACGGGCCACGUCUUGUCGACCGCAAUGUGUAUGUUCGAAGCUUAAGACGAGCUAUGCCUGA